AUGGCACGUGCAAAAACAUGUUGCUUCAACUUCUGUAAAGAAUUUAAGGAUUUUGCUACGCGAGGCAAUGUAUUGGAUUUAGCUAUUGGCAUCGUUGUUGGUACAGCAUUUACUAAUGUCGUCCAAUCAUUAGUUGAUGAUAUUAUUACACCUCCGUUAGGUUUAGUUUUGGGCGGCGUUGACUUUGCGAAUUUAACAAUUAAAAUGAAUAAUUUUGUUUAUACAAAUCAACCACCAGUUGUCAUUCGUUAUGGAAAAUUUCUUCAAGCGAUUCUUAGUCUAUUAAUUGUAGCAAUGGCACUAUUUUGUAUUAUCAAAGGUGUAAAUCACAUAUAUAAAAUAUCGACUAAAAAGAAAAAAAAACAUGAAGUCGAAUCGAUCAUCGAAGCAAGUGAAGACAUUAAACUGUUACGUGAAAUUCGAGAUCUGUUAGCUGGUAGAGCAUAUAUACAAGCAACAACUAUUCGAAUAUAA